CCCCAUAGAGCCCCAUAGAGCCUCAUAGCCGCAAGCAAGCACAGCAAGUUGGUGACGUGGCAGGCACAGAGCAGUGCCUGUGACACCACGGGACAGCGUCACAGAGGGGCACUGUGAGCUCAGGGCAGAGGGGCUGACCCCAGCGCUCACGGAACCCCCCACUGCCACUCUCGAGCUGCCACGGCAGAGAGAAUUCCUUCAUCGCUGACGGUGCUUCCGACACCCGACGCCAUUUUAUUUGAAUCUUUGUGCCCCCACCGGCCACUGCUGCAAUGAAGACCACCAUUGGCGGAGCAGUGCCCGUAUCCUUUCAGCCCAUCCCUGCCCCCAAUGUCACCUCCAUGGUGCCUCAGGCCUCUGUCCAGCCGGGGGUACCGGGUGUGCAGGGACAGGGAGCGCAGCUGCAACCUGGGGUGAUCCCCCAGACGGUGGUUCAGCUGCCAGCUGGGGCAAUGCCCUAUACUGUGGGUCAGCUGCCAUGCCAGGGGGUACCCCCAACUGUGGGUCAGCUCCCACCACCUGGGGCAAUGCCCCCAAUUGUGCUUCAGCUGCCACCUGGGGCAAUGCCUCAAAUUGUGGGUGAGCUGCCACCUCAGGUGGUGCCCCCAACGGUGGGCCCGCUCCCACCUCAGGGGGUAGCCCCAAUGGUGGGUCUGAUCCCACCUCAGGGGCUGCCCCCAACAGUGGGUCAGCUCCCACCUGGGGUGAUGCACCCACCUGUAGUUCAGCUCCCACCUGGGGCAAUGCCUGGAAGUGUGCUUCAGCUGCCAGCUGGGGCAAUGUCCCCAAAUGUGGGUCAGCUCCCAUCUCCGGGGGUACUCCCAACUCUGGGCCCGCUCCCACCUCAAGGGGUACCCGCAACUGUGGGUCAGCUUUCAAUUCAGGGGGUACCCCCAACUGUGGGUCCGAUCCUACCUCAGGGGGUAGCCCCAAUGGUGGGCCAUCUUUCACCUGGGGCAAUGCCCCAAACUGUGGGCCCUCUCCCACCUCAGGAGGUGCCCCCAAUUGUGGUUCAGCUCACACCUGAGGGGCUGUACACAAUUGUGGGUCAUCUCCCACCCGGGGAGAGGCAGUUACCCCUCCUCCAGCUCCUACCCGGCGGGAUGAAGCCGGGUAUGCCUCCCCCCAAUGCCCCUGCCCACUGCUGGCAACAUCCCCGGCUGGCAGGGAAGCGGCAGCGGCAGCGCCAGCAGCCGAUGGGGCUGCGGCCCGGGGCCGUGUGCCGUGGGAAGCCCCCGCAGCCCGCAGGCAGCUGCCCGCUGCAGGCCCCCGGCCGCCCCGGCCCCUCCACGCUCCUCCGAGCACCUGCAGUGCAGCAGCGGGUGCUCCCCGGGCCCUGCACCCUGCCCGCCAGCUGGGAGCAGGCGACGGGGCCCUUUGCAGAUGCCGUGGCGCACACCCAGGAGCAGCGGCACCCAGCGCCCACCAACGUGUGCCCCCAUCCCGCCACGGCUCCGCUCGGCUGCAGCAGCGCAGCGCUGGAAUCAGGAGGUGAGUUUGGGGGCUGCGCAGCGGGCGGCAGGCUGUCCGCACCGGGUGGCUGUGGGAAAGCUGGCAUUGCCCCACUGGGGAUGUUCUUGCUUUUCCAGCAGCGACAAUGAGCUCAGACGUCCCGGAGGACGUCAGCGACAUCCAUUGCCUCCUGACUUGGAUCAACAACGGUGAGUUUGGGGGCAGCAGAGCCGGCAGGGGUUGUCUGCACCGGGUGGCUGCGGGAAGGCUGUGCUCAUCGUUGUGGGGAUGCUCUUGCUUUUUCAGAAGCGAUGAGUCUUCGCGAGGUCCCCCAGCCCAGCAACGACCUGCUGUGGAGGCAGCCCGAGCCGGCCGAGUGCCCAGCGCCCGCCCGCACCACCACAGGGCACGAGCAGCGCACUGGCAGCAUCCAGGCCCCAAAGAGGAAGCUGCCGCAGGGCCGGGAUGCUCCAGAAGCGAAACGCCGGCGCUAGGCGAGGCUGGGUGGGCUCAGCACAAGCGGGAGCGCCCGCAGAAACCGUGCCUGGAGCCCUGGGCUCCUCGCCGGCCCCCGCGGCACACACAGAGCAGCGGCAGUGCUCCAGGGGCACCAGCACCGGCCCCGGCCCUACCCCUCCAAACCUGGGCUGUCCACCACCACCACCGUGCACUGCGACCAUGUGGGACUCCGUUACAUCACCUU